GGGAACCACCAUGACCGAGCCGGAGCAGCCAGACAUCCUCAAUCCGGCCACGUUCGUACCACCGCAGCUCGCGGAGUCCACGUCCAUCACGAUCGAGUUCUGCGACAGAUGCCGAUGGCUGCACCGCGCGGCCUGGGUCCAAACCGAGCUCCUGCUCACAUUUGCGCCGCCCGUCAUCGGCUCGAUCACGCUCGUUCCGCGCAACUCCGAAGAGACGGCGGGCAGGUUCCGCGUCUGGGUGGGUACACCCGGGUCGGCGGCGCCACAGCUUGCCUGGGACCGCAAAGUCGAGGGCGGGUUCCCCGAGCUCAAGAUUCUCAAACAGAGAGUGCGCGACAUCCUGCAGCCGGGCAAGAGUUUGGGGCAUUCCGACGUGAACGCCUCUUCCACUGCUUGAAGAUGCAUGCUGAAGAUGCAUGCUUGUCGCACGCACGAUGCUUCGCAGCACCGCCUCAUCGAAACUUAUUUCACGAAGGCCUGUCCUCUGCCGCGUCUAGUAUUCAGCUACAGCUCGAGCAGUCUUGAGAUCAGACGGUGAAGGUAUGAAUCACGCCAGUGUACGAAUGUCCCAUCAAUUACCGCUCGAAUCCCGUGCAUCAACGCUUUGCAUGCAAUGAUAUUCCACCGUCUAGAUCUUCUGCUAGAUGUUCGAUGCGCUUUUGAAGUCGUCUAUUCUACUCUAUCCUUCAUCGUUUUCUCUCUCACGAUGACCAAGACCGCGGAUAGGAUCGCAGUUGCGAACAUCAUACUGCCCACGAAGAUCUCCACCGCUGAGGCACAUGAGAUCAACGUCAAAUAUGAAUCUCGAGCACAUACCCGUGAAUCCGUAUCCCGCCCACGACGCCCGCGACACGGACCCGUUCCUCGGGUGCAGAGAAGCAGCGAUGAACGGCCCGGAGAUCGCCGCGAGGCCCUUGGCGCCCGAGAACAGGAAGAACGGCGUCAGCGAUUGGUCCGCGUACACCUCCUUCGCCGCGGGCGGCCAUACGGAGCUGAAGCCGCCGCUCUGGCGCCCCGUCAGCUCUUGGGGGUCCGGCGGGAGGACUGGGGGGAGGGGACGCACCACGGCGCCGAACAGCACGGAGAACAGGACGAUGAGGCUGAGGCUGUGCGCGUAGCCCCACAGCAGGAACGCGAGCCCGGCGGCGACGAGGCUUGACCCCAGCAUCGCUGUCGAGUAUGGCCCGCGGUCGCAGUAGUACCCGACGAGGACCUGGCCUAUGACGGCCGCCAAGUUGAAGACCGUCAGCGCCAGGGUCCCAUUCCCCGGCGAAUACCCGAGCGAGGCUGCGUAGGUCGGGAUGUACAGCGAGACCGGGAAGUACGCUAGCGCCUGCACGAACACCGCCAACGCCUGCCCCCAUCAGUCAGUCAGUCAGCAAACAGCAGCAGCAGCCCCCAACGACGCACGACGAGGACGAACAGCGGCGAGCGGACGAACUGGAACGUCAGCGGUGCCGGCGUGCUGUGGCGCGCAACGGGCAGCCUCGGCUUGGCGCCGAGCAGCGCGACGAGCCCGAGCACGCCGACGAUCAGCGCGAGCGAGCGGAGCGCCCAGCGGAAGCCGUAGCGCUGCAGCACGUAGUUGGUCACGACGGGGAAGAGCGCGCCGCCGAGCCCCGAGCCCCCGAAGAUGAUCGACGCUGCGAAGGCGCGCCGCUGCGGUGUUGUCGUUACGGUGAGCGGGCUACGCCGGCAUCCCAAAUGGCGUGACGGACCUCGACGAACCAUUCAUUGAGCUGCGCGGAGGAUGACGGUCAGCUAUUGGGCGAAGCAAAACACACAGGAAACCGCGACAUGCCCAUGAUACGACUGGGCCAUAGAGCACCCCUCCAGCGACACCGUAGAGCACACCCUGCAGCAGAAUCAGCUGCCAAACCU